CAAAUCCUCCACCUUGUUAGACUAAUUAUCCUUCAAUAUCAAAGUACCUUGUUGACUAAAACAUAUCUUUUUUUCCAAGAGGGUUUACUCUACACUUUUCAAGCUUUAUCACUCUAUAUAAGGAGCACUCUAAAACUCAAAUAACCAUGUAACCCCAUUUAAACACAGAUUUAGACUAGAAUGAAGACUUUCCACUUCCCUAGUAAGAUAUGUUGCUCCUUGUUCUUACUUGUCCUUUUUGCUCUAAUCGCCUCACUAGCUUCGGCAGCACAAACUCAUUACCAUAAUUUUGUUAUUCAACCUAAGCCAGUGAAGAGGCUGUGCAAAGUUCAAAACAUACUCACUGUCAAUGGUCAGUUUCCAGGGCCAACCGUGGAGGCCAGAAACGGAGAUUCUCUUGUCAUCAAAGUAGUAAAUGCAGCAAAGUACAACAUCUCUAUCCACUGGCAUGGAUUAAGGAUGGUGCGAAAUCCAUGGGCAGAUGGACCUAGCUAUGUGACUCAGUGUCCCAUAAAGCCAGGGGGAAGUUACACAUACCGGUUUACGAUCGUAAACCAAGAAGGGACACUAUGGUGGCAUGCACACACUGGCUUCCUAAGAGCCACUGUCUAUGGAGCUCUGAUCAUCCAUCCCAAAAUGGGCUCGCCUUAUCCCUUCCCUACGCCUCGGCGAGAAUUUCCCAUCCUUCUUGGGGAAUGGUUUGACAGGGAUCCGAUGCUUCUCUUAAGGCAGGCACAAUUUACAGGAGCAGCACCAAAUGUAUCAGUAGCAUAUACCAUUAACGGGCAACCUGGUGACCUCUACAGAUGCUCGAGUCAAGAAACUGCACGCAUUCUGGUAGAUGCCGGGGAGACAAUUCUCUUGAGGAUCAUCAACAGUGCACUCAAUCAAGAACUCUUCUUUGGGAUUGCCAACCACAUGAUGACAGUUGUUGGUACAGAUGCUGCUUACACCAAGCCUUUCCCCACAAGAGUCCUAACAAUAGGACCUGGUCAGACGAUCAAUGUCCUAGUCACUACCAACCAACCACCAGGUCGAUAUUACAUGGCAGCACGUGCCUAUCAAACAGCCCAAAAUGCUGCCUUUGACAACACCACUACCACAGCAAUACUUGAAUACAGAUCUGCUAGCCGCAGUAACAAGAACAGACCAAUAUUGCCGGUUCUUCCAGCCUUCAAUGAUACAGCCACUGCCACCGCAUUCACUACUGGGCUCAGGGGUCUUUCUAGGAUUCAAGUCUUUACAAAGGUUGAUGUGAGUCUAUACUUCAUAGUGGGUUUGGGGUUGAUCAACUGCACAAACCCUAAUAGUCCUAGGUGUCAAGGACCUAAUGGCACUCGCUUCACAGCAAGCAUGAACAAUGUUUCUUUUAUACUCCCAAGGACCACCUCCCUAAUGCAAGCUUACUAUCAAAGAAUACCUGGUGUCUUCACCACUGAUUUCCCUCCGGUUCCACCUGUACAAUUUAAUUAUACUGGCAGUGUGCCGCGGGGACUAUGGACACCUUCCCAAGGAACAAAGCUCUACAAGUUGAAGUAUGGUUCUAGGGUGCAAAUUGUUUUGCAGGACACAAGUAUAGUAACUACCGAAGAACACCCCAUGCACAUUCAUGGAUUCCACUUCUUUGUAGUUGGUUCAGGUUUUGGCAACUUCAAUCCAGCAACGGAUCCAGCCAAUUUUAACCUUGUUGAUCCACCAGUGAGAAACACCAUUGGAACACCUCCUGGAGGAUGGGUAGCCAUUCGAUUUCUGGCUGAUAAUCCAGGAAUUUGGUUUGUCCACUGUCACAUAGAUUCACAUCUAAAUUGGGGUUUGGCAACAGCAUUUCUAGUGGAGAAUGGAGUUGGACCAUCACAGUCAGUAAUACCUCCACCGACAGAUCUGCCCCCAUGUUAAGAUCAAGAAAGUAUUGUUUGUUAUAAAUUUUGUGAGUUGUUUUUGUUAUAGCAUUUCUGUUGUGUUUCCCAGGUUGUUCAAGAAUAUCCACCAAAUAAAUUAUGACUUUCUCAUUUAUGCUGCUCCCAAACUAAACUAUGGUUAAUUGAGCAGCACAUUAGAGGUUUGUUGAUUAGCUGAAUUGUAAUUCUCUUAAAAAUAAUUAUAAUAUAAAAUUAUUUCUUAUCGUUAU